AUGGGUUUUGAAGGAGAAGUCUUGAUGCUAGAAGGAGUGGGUGGUAUAGAAACUGAAGAUUCAUUGUUUUCAUGAACUAAUUUACCCAAGUUAUUUUAUUGCUUUCGGUCAGUUUUGAACCAAAAACCCUCUGUGAUUUGCAAGAUGGCCUAGAUAUUAGAAAUUUAAACACUAGGAGACUCAGGAUUGGCGUAUUAAAUCUCUUAGUGAUAGAGAAAUUAUGAAAGAUGUU